UGAAUCUUCCGUGGACAGCGAUGAAUUGGCCGAUCUACAAUUUCGCAAAGGUGAUCCUCUAAAACGCAUCCCAGAAUCAGAACAAAACAUAUUCUUUUCCGAUGAGUUGAGCUCAUCGGAAUAUCAUGAUGAUCUAGAUAUUGAAAUGGAAAAUGGUGGCAACUAUGAAUGGGAUCUUCUGAUAUUUACCCAACAAUGGCCGGUGACCACCUGCUAUCAUUGGAGAGAAGAAGAUAAAGAUCAUGAAUGCAAAUUGCCGGCAGCCAAGGAAUUUUGGACUGUACACGGUGUGUGGCCGACGAAGAAAGGUCACAUUGGACCUUCAUUCUGUAAUAAGACGGCAAAUUUCGAUAUAAAUCUGCUGGACGAUAUCAAGGAUGAGUUGAAUCAUUUCUGGCCAGACAUUGAUGGUGAAUCGAAAGGUGAUUGGUUGUGGAAACAUGAAUGGCUGAAACAUGGCACCUGUGCCGCUGCUCUGGAGGAGCUAAACAAUGAACUGAAAUAUUUCUCUCAGGGUAUAACGUGGCGUGAAGAUUUCCAACUAUCGAAUAUUUUGGGUAAUUCUGGCAUACACCCGGAUUCAAAUAACACCGUGGUGGCCAUACACGCCGCCCUGGUAAAGGGUUUGGGCAAAAAUCCUUCCAUUCACUGUUUGUAUGACAGUAAAAAGGACAUAAGCUAUUUGGAGGAGAUUCGUAUCUGUUUCGAUAAGACGCUCAAUGUCACCGAUUGUGAUGGCGUGAAACUUGGCAAUGCGGUGUCUGUCGACUAUCCUGGCGGUACGCUUAUUUCGAAUUGUCACAUAUCAAAAUCGGUGCAUUAUCCCAGUUUGGUGCCGAAUCGUCGACGCCAAGAGAAAUCCAAAUGGAAAUUCCCCAUUGUAAAUCUAUACAAGCUGGUACAAUUUAUUAUGUGGUUUACUCUAUAAG